AUGUACUGGCGAUCUCAAUGCAACUUUCUCAGCAAGAAAGCCAAUCUAGCCACCGAUCAUGGUCACCCGUAUUGCCCAGCAGGCAUGACAAGCUGUAGCAUGUCUGGCAUGUCACAAGGCAGUCCUGCACCGAACGACAUGCAACAGCUCCUGUUGUUGAUCCUUGCCGCAAGAGAAAACAAAGGUAAAGGUGCUGAGUGCUCACUAUCCGUGUCGCUUGGCCACGAUGGACCAUGA